UCUUCAGUAUUGUCGUUUCUGGUUCUUUCGUUUGCCAUUCAUUCGUUCAUUCACAUUCUUUCGCCUUACCGCAUUCCUUCUUUUUACCUCUCUUUUUCACCAUGAAGGCUUGCUACCUCGUCUCAGCGGCUGUGCCGUCUGUUCUGGGCUGCUCUAACUGGCGCACCCAUGCCUGUGCUGGAUCAUUUGUUUCCUCUUCGGCCGAUGCCGCAAGCUUUUGUGCUACUUUCACCGCUGCCGUAGUCACCGCCACCGACGCUGUCCCGACUGGCUUCCUGUCUGCCUGUGAUGGUAGCAUCGGCCACCUGUCGAGCGCCUGCUCUUGCUAUGUUGGAGCUGCCGUCGAGGCUCCUACUGCUGCUGUUUCGACUCCUGUUGCCGUUGCCACCUCAGUUGUCACCCCCGUGAACGAGCCUGCUUCCAUCUCGACUCCGGUUUCUUUGCCAGCCGUGCCUUCGACGCUCGUUACUUUUGUCACUUCAACCACCCCAGCUGCUGUUGUUGAAACCUCCGUCGCUGCUGUUGAGACUUCUAUCGCUGCCGUCGAGACUUCUGCCGCCGCCGUUGAAACUUCGGCCGCUGCUGUUGCCGACACCACCGCCGUCGUAGAUGCCACUGCCUGCACCGUCACCGAGUACGCGCAGCUUUCCUCGGCCGUCGCCAGCUGCACCAACAUUGUCCUCGACAACCUCUCCAUGCCCGCUUCUUCGACCCUAGAUCUCGAGAGCCUCCAGACCGGCGCUGUUGUCACCUUCUCGGGAACCACCACCUUCGGAACCACCGUCGACUCCGACUUUGACCCCAUCGUCAUCUCUGGUGAUGACAUCACCAUCACUGGAACCUCCGAUCACGUCAUUGAGGGCAACGGCGCUGCCUACUGGGAUGGCCAGGGCUCCAACGGCGGAGGCGAUAAGCCCAACCACUUCAUCGUCGUCAAGCACACCAACAACGCCAAGGUCACCGGCCUGAACAUCAAGAACUGGCCUGUCCACUGCUUCUACAUGCAGUACAACUACGACAUGGAGGUUAGCGACAUCACUCUGGAUAACUCCGCUGGUGACGAGGCGAACGACAGCAGUGAUGGAGAGGCCGCUGCCCACAACUCCGAUGGUUUCGACAUCUCCGCUUCUGACACCGUCACCAUGUCCAACAUCUGGGUGCACAACCAGGACGACUGUGUCGCCGUGACUUCCGGUUCCAACAUUGUCAUCGAUGGCAUCUACUGCUAUGGUGGACACGGCCUGAGCAUUGGCUCCAUUGGCGGAAAGAGCAACAACACCGUCGACACUGUGACCUUUGCCAAUGCCCAGAUCGUUGACAGCCAGAACGGCGCCCGCAUCAAGAGCAACAGUGGCGAGACUGGCUCCGUCACAAACAUCACCUACCGCAACGUCACCAUGUCCGGAAUCACCAAGUACGGCAUUGACGUGCAGCAGGACUACCUCAACGGCGGUCCCACUGGCGAGCCUACCAACGGCGUCACCAUCUCUGACAUUACUUUUGAGGAUGUCACCGGUACUACCACCGGAAGCGCGUACAACUACUACGUCCUUUGCGGCUCUGACUCGUGCUCUGACUUCACUUACACUGGUGUCAGCAUUACCGGAGGAAGCUCUGGCGGCAGCUGCAACUACCCUUCUUCGGGUUGCCCUUCUUAGGGAGUUGAUGGACGUUCAACGAAGAGAUGGAUUUGCGGUAAUAGGCUUUAAACUUUCUUGUAUCAUAGAUUUUGUAGCAAGGCUUGCAGUGCGGCCUUGAGCAAAUGACUUUUACGGCAUAGAUUGCCAAACACUGUACUCUAAAAAAAGCACAUACGAAUUGAAUUGAUUGGUGAAAAAUAAA